CCCCGCCCCCAGCAUGCCGGAUGCCUGUGGAACUGUGUUUACGGCGUAAUUCAUCAUUGCGCCUGCUGGUUCGAUGGGAGCAUGGCUCCAUGGUGUAAUCCCCCACCCCCACUCUUGCUCCAUUGUGAUUGAGCCCUGUUUGGCGAUGGAUCCAUCCUUUCCCCUCCUGAUUUCAAAGCACGGCGGAGGUUAAGCUCGACCUGGUAUUGGAGCUCUGCGGCGGGCGCUCAAGCUAUAAAAGCCGAGCUGUCCUCCCCCACUUCGACGGCCACGCAUUCUCUCUCCCUCCCCAUCCCGUCCCAACUUUACCUCUUAUCACCUGCCAUCCGAACACUACUUACCUUCGGUGCAAUAAACAUGGCUCCCCCUAAGGUCUUUAUCACUGGCGCAACUGGCUACAUUGGUGGAGACACCUUCUACAACGUACACCAGGCGCACCCCGAUUGGCACUACUCGGUCCUGGUUCGUAACAAGGACAAGGCCGCCCAGCUGUCCAGCAAGUACCCCGACGUACGCGUGGUUGUUGGAGACCUGGACUCAGCCGAUAUCCUCGAGGAGGAAGUCAGGAAGGCCGAUAUUGUAUUCCACUGCGCCGACUGCGAUUCCGUCGCCGGUGCUGAAGCCAUCGCCAAGGGGGCCGCGCACCACACCCCCGAGAGACCAGUGUGGUGGAUUCACACGUCCGGCACUGGCAUCCUGACCGUGGAGGACUUCCGCAGCAACACCUGGGGCCUGGAGCGCGCCAAGCAGCACGACGACUGGGACGGAGUCGACGAGCUCCUCAACCUCCCCGCCGACUCCUUCCACCGCAACGUCGACGAGAUCGUCAUCAAUGCCGGCAAGCGUGCCCCCGACGCUGUCAAGAUCGCCAUCGUCUGCCCCCCCACCAUCUACGGUCUCGGCCGUGGCCCCGGAAACCAGAAGAGUUUGCAGGCCUACUGGCUGGCCGCGGCCGUACUGAAGCAUAAGAAGGGUCUCCAGGUUGGCGAGGGCAAGAACAUCUGGCACCAGAUCCACGUUCAGGAUCUGAGCGAUCUCUACCUUCUCCUGGGGGAUGCCGCUGCUGCGGGCGGCGGCAAGGCCACCUGGAACGACAAGGGCUACUACUUGGCCGAGAACGGUCCCUUCUGCUGGGGAGACAUCCAGCGGGCUGUGGCUCAGACGGCCUACGAGAAGAAGCUGAUCCCGUCCCCCGAGGUUGAGCCCCUGACGGACGCGCAGGUCACGGAAGUCAACCAGUUCGGCCUGUAUGCGUGGGGAAGUAGCUCUCGCGGCUUUUCUUACCGUGGCAAGAAGCUGUUGGGAUGGGCGCCUCACCGUCCGAGCCUGAAGGAGCUGAUUCCCGAGAUCGUCGACAUUGAGGCAAAGGAGCUGGGCUUGGCAAAUGGCGGUGCCGGAGGCAAGAGAAAGAGAGGCGAUAGAUCGUGGUCUGGCGAUUCCACCAACGACACGCAACGACCCUCCCCCCAUCGGCCCACCAAUCUCAACAUGGCGCAACACAACUACGGUCCGCAAUCCCGCGAUUUCUCCGACGCGCGCGGUCGCGGACGGAGGCAACCCAAUCGAGGAGGGCGAAACAGCAUGGGAGGCAUGGGGCGAAGGCCGAGUAGCGAUGGUCAGAACGCUCCUGGCGGUCGGAGGGAUAACGCCAUGUCUCCACCCAGCAUGACUCCGGCCAAAGACGCUCCCGAUUCCAGUCAGACAAACGGCCUCCAAUCCACGACAAACCAAACAAAACCCCCCUCCUCUCCUUCCCCUUCUCCAGCUUUCUCUCAAUCCCAAUCUCAUCAACCUUCGCCUGCGCCGACACCCACUCCUGCCCCUCCUCCACCGGCCCAGAUGUCGGCUCCGAUUCGGCCGCCCGCUGGGCCUCCACCGCCGUACGAAUAUGAAUACGUUACACAGAAUGCCAUUGAUGAAUGGGCCACAACAGGGAGAAAGGGCCUGAUUGACAGCGGAGUCCAAGUCAGAGACGCCCAGGACGCCUCCGCGCUAGCCUCGAUAUUCCAGGAACUUAUUCGAUCUGCCCUAUACGGACGGCUCCCACCCGGGGAUGCGGGCGCGGCAGUCAAGGAUAUUAUUGGCGAGGAUGUUGCUGCGGAAGAUGCUGAUAUGGAUACUGAAGGACCAUCCACCACCCUGCUUGAUACCCGGUCCCUUUUCUUGGACACUCUGUCCAUCCUAACCGAUUCCGAUACCUCGAACCCCGCCUUGAGGCCGCUUCUCGACACUCAACUCCUCCAGUCUUUAGGCUUGACUAACCUUCUGUAUCGACAAUCUAACUACAACUUGCUGCGUGAAGAGUCGGAAGGUAACAAGGGUGCUCCGUACAACGAAGUGGUCGAGGAUACUUUCGAGAAGGUGAAAGCAAUGGUCGGUGCCUUUGAUAUGGAUGUCGGCCGUGUGCUUGAUGUUACCCUCGACGUCUUCGCCGCUGUGCUUGUGAAGCAUUCUUGGUGGCCCAAAGGGGAUGCCUUCCGCAAUAAUGACGGUAGCAGCCGUGACUCUGGGCUUCCAAUCUGGGCAUUGCCUGAUUCAACUGUGAUGCAGACAAGCGACGAGGGCCGGGCCGAGGCGAUGCGACAAAAUGAGCCUCGCGAUCAUGAGUUCUGGAACCGGAUUGGUCGGCGGCCCGUGUCCAAGGAGGAGCUACAACAAAUUCUCCCGGAAAGCAACAACCUCUCUGAAGAGGAGAAGGAUGGAAGCCGGGUAGCGGCCCAGCUACUCGGAUUCAAGCUACGGUUUUACUCCUCUCGCGCUCGUGCCAAGUCAGACGUCCUUCCAGACAACCUUAUUUACCUGGCGGCGUUGCUGAUCAAGGUCGGGUUCAUCUCCCUCCGUGAUCUGUAUCCUCACCUCUGGAGACCCGACGAUUCCAUGGACGCACUGAAAGACGAAAAGAACAAGGAGAAGGCUGAACGAGAACGGGCAGCCCGCCCCGGAGGUGGUAUCAACGCUCUGAUGAUGGCCGGUGCUCUGUCGGAUGACACUCUACCCAUCCCGCGCAUGCGAGAAUCCGAGACGCGCUCGGCAACUCCCGGGAAGGAUCAAGAUGCGGACAAAUCGACGGGGCCCAAGACGGAGGAGGAUGAACUGCCGGAGCCCUUACUUGCUAUCGGAGCGCUUCCGGAGUCUCUCUUCAUUCUGAGCAAAUUUCCUUGGCUCAUGGACGUCUAUCCCGAGCUCCCCGAAUUCAUCCACCGCAUUCUUCACCACUGUCUUAGCAAAGAGCUGAGAGAACAGAAGCAUAUUUUGAGCCCCGAUCAAUCCGGCGCACCCAAGGGUCAUAUCCGGAUAGCGAACGCACCGUCGCGCCGGGUCCUACGCUGGGCUCAGCUCGACAAGGAAGAUACGAAUGAUGGCACCGACUACAGGUUUUACUGGGAUGAUUGGACCGAUAAUGUUCCGAUAUGCCAGAGCGUCGACGACGUCUUUGCAUUGUGCUCGUCAUUCCUCAACAUCUCCGGCUUCAAGAUUGGUCAGGACCCUAGCUUAUUGACCAAGCUUGCGAGAAUCGGAAAGGACAGUAUGAGCAAGGACGACUCGCCCCAAAACAAGGCGCGUUGGCAGGACCAUUGCAAGCGGCUGUUGGUUCCAUCGAUCAGUCUGACGAAGGCGAACCCGGGUGUCGUGAAUGAGAUUUUCGAGCUCGUCAGCCUUUUCCCCAGGGAGACGCGGUACAACAUGUACGCCGAGUGGAACACCGGACAAACGUCUCGACUACCCGACAUCAAAGCUGCAUUCGACCAGGCGAGAGCGGAGACUAAGGACGUACUCAAGAGACUCAGCAAAACCAACAUCCGACCGAUGGCUCGUGCGCUGGCCAAGAUCGCAUACGCCAACCCCGGAAUCGUUAUCUCCGUUGCUCUCAACCAAAUCGAGUCCUACGAGAACCUGAUUGAAGUGGUCGUCGAGUGCGCGCGUUAUUUCACCUAUCUCGGAUACGACAUCCUGACGUGGGUCAUGAUCAGUUCCCUUGGUCAGAAGGGAAGAAGCCGCCGACAUGAGUCGAAGACUACCUCGAGACGACUGCUCAAGUCACUGACCAGUUCGAAACUCGCUGGGCAGUUGCUGAUCGCCAUUGCUCAGGAGCGCUUUACCUGUAUCUUCAAUGAAACCGAGGGCGCGGCUGAACUCAAACUUCUCGGCAACAUUUUCGACGAAAUCCAUCGUGUUCUUAGCCAAUAUCUUGACCUCCUUCGCAGUAACCUGUCCGUCGAAGAGUUCGAUUCCUAUGUCCCCGAUCUAGCCGCUCUGGUCGGCCAAUAUGGUAUUCAACCCGAAGUGGCUUUCUGGAUUCGGCGACCCAGUAUCGCUCGCAGGGCUGCCGAUGCCGAAAAGGCGCAGGAUUCCGCCGCGAUUGCCGUGGCAGCACCUCAAACCCGGGAAAGCACAGAGGCGCCGCCUUCUAAGCCCGAGACGGACAAGAUGGAGACAGGGGAGGACGGCGAGACGACCGCUGGCGAAGGUGGACAGUCCACAGACGCGGCCAUGGAUGUCGACAAGGGCAAGCCCGACACUACGACCCCGGAGCAAGCCACCACGGGAACCCCUGCGCCCGAGACGCCUCUUUUGAAUCCGGUCAUCCAGGAUCUUCACGACCAAGUUCGGACUGCACUGACCGCCGAGACCUGGGGAGUCGUGGGCUUACACUUCUACGUGACCUUCUGGCAACUCUCUCUUUACGAUGUGCAUAUACCCCAGAAAGCCUACGAAGACGAGAUCGAUCGGCAGAAGAGGAAGGUAGUUACCAUCAGCAAUGAUCGAUCUGACAUCAGCAUGAUGGGAACGCAAAGAAAGGAGCGCGAGAAGAAGCAGAUCACGCAACUGCAAGACCGAAUCUUGGAGGAAAACAAGGCACACCUGAAAGCUUAUGGACAGACCAGGGCGAAGUUGCAGAAGGAAAAGGACCGAUGGUUUGUAGGGAUGCGCGGCAAGCACGAUUCUUUAAACGUGGCCCUCCUCGAGCAGUGCUUUCUUCCCCGCCUGUUACUAUCUUCCAUUGAUGCGUUCUACUGCUUUAAGAUGCUCAAGUUUCUCCACACGACUGGCGCACCCAACUUCCGGACCGUUGGCCUUUUGGACCAGCUGUUCAAGGAGCAAAGACUGACGGCCUUGAUUUUCCAAUGCACUUCAAGGGAGGCUGACAACCUUGGCCGCUUCCUGAAUGAGGUUAUCCGCGACCUUGGCCGUUGGCACGCUGACAAGGCAGUCUACGAAAAGGAGGCCUUUGGCAAUAGGAAGGACCUUCCCGGAUUCGCCAUGACCGUUGAUCCCGAGGGUAAACCCACGACGUUCCUGGAGUACGAAGACUUCCGUCGGCUGUUGUACAAAUGGCACCGCCUUCUCGCAUCGGCGCUGAAGGUGUGCUUGAACGGAGGCGAAUACAUGCACAUCCGCAAUGCGAUCAGUGUGCUCAAGGCCGUUGUCCAGCAAUUCCCGGCAGUGAACUGGAUUGGCCGUGACAUGCUGGCAAGCAUGAACAGCCUGAGUCAGAACGACGAACGAGACGAUGUGAAGAUCCCGGCUGCUUCCCUCAUCGGUGACUUGAAUCGCCGGGAGAAGAAAUGGUUGCUUCCCCAAGCCUUCAUGAUUGCGAGUCAACCCGCGACUGGACGAGGCGCAUCGGCGACAGGAAAACCCGGCACCCCUCGACCUGCCUCUGGUACCCCGACUCCCUUGAAUGCUGCUGCAGUCGACUUCACGCCCGCAGCUACCAAUGAGUAA